AUGUCGGACGAAGAACAUAGUGAAGAAGAAGAAGAGAGAAGCGAAAUAGAGGCAGGGACUGAAGAGGCCGAUCCAGAUUGGCAAGAUAAAGAAAAAGCGAUUGACAAAUAUAAUCUGAAAAAUUAUUCAGAAGACUUUAUGCGUCAGGUUGUUGAUUUUGCCGAUGAAACAAACAGAUUUGGUAAACAUUCCCAUACAUGGAAAAGUAUUCGCCGUCGAUACCACGGAACAAAGAGACAGAAGACACAGAACGUGGACGAGCUAGUUUACAAAAAACUAGAAAAAGGACUUCUGGUUCAUGGUCUGGACAUUCAAAGGUGGGCAAUAAAAGUAGCCAAGAACUGA